CUUGUUCAGUCGACUCGCGGCUGCAGCAGCGAAGUUUCCUCCACCAUUUUCUGCAAAUGGACGCCUUGCUGCUUCGUCAUCGCAAUUUUUCGCUCUGAUUUCUUUGAAGUUUUAACCCGUGAAGUUAGUUCGAAAAGCAGGAUAAACAUCGAUAAAGUGCUCCCCAACCAGUGGGGAAGCGAUUCCAGCGAAAAGAAGUGUAGUAAGAAGCCAAAGAAAAAGAGGAAGCUACUGCCAGGAUGAGUAGCGACUCGAAGGCCCCGAUUCGGACGGUGAAAAAGGUACAGUUCGGUAUCCUUUCCCCGGACGAGAUACGGCGGAUGUCCGUUACCGAAGGUGGCAUUCAAUAUGCGGAAACUAUGGAAGGUGGACGACCCAAAUUGUGCGGCUUGAUGGAUCCCCGACAGGGCGUUAUCGAACGUACUUCCCGAUGUCAGACUUGUGCCGGAAACAUGACGGAAUGCCCAGGUCACUUUGGGCAUAUCGACCUGGCCAAACCGGUGUUCCACAUUGGUUUCGUGACGAAAACUAUUAAGAUUUUGCGCUGUGUUUGCUUUUACUGUUCGAAAAUGUUGGUUGCACCGAGCAAUCCCAAGAUCAAAGAAAUUGUAAUGAAAUCAAAGGGCCAACCACGGAAACGUCUGGCCUAUGUUUACGAUCUUUGCAAGGGGAAAAAAAUUUGCGAGGGUGGUGAGGACAUGGACAUUACAAAGGAUGGAGCACAGCAAGACCCUAACAAAAAGCAGGGACAUGGCGGUUGCGGUCAUUAUCAACCAUCAUUGCGAAGAACCGGAUUGGAUGUGAUCGCUGAAUGGAAACAUGUAAAUGAGGACUCACAGGAGAAGAAGAUUGCUGUCACCGCAGAACGGGUUUGGGAAAUUUUGAAGCAUAUUACUGAUGAAGAAUGUUAUGUACUUGGAAUGGACCCGAAAUUCGCACGCCCUGAUUGGAUGAUUAUAACGGUGCUUCCGGUUCCGCCUUUGGCUGUGCGACCGGCUGUUGUCAUGUUUGGUGCAACUAAGAAUCAGGAUGAUUUGACUCACAAACUGUCCGACAUCAUCAAAGCUAAUAAUGAACUGAAGAAGAACGAAUCGACGGGUGCGGCGGCUCACGUAAUUGCGGAGAAUAUUAAAAUGUUGCAGUUUCAUGUUGCUACACUUGUCGAUAACGACAUGCCCGGUAUGCCAAAGGCUAUGCAGAAGAGUGGAAAACCACUCAAGUCGGUCAAGUCUCGAUUGAAGGGAAAGGAAGGUCGUAUUCGUGGUAAUUUGAUGGGAAAGCGUGUGGACUUUUCGGCUCGUACUGUCAUCACUCCGGAUCCGAAUCUGCGUAUCGAUCAGGUCGGUGUUCCCCGGUCCGUAGCACAGAACAUGACAUUCCCGGAGUUAGUUACACCAUUCAACAUUGACAGGAUGCAGGAACUGGUUCGCAGAGGCAAUUCCCAGUAUCCUGGUGCAAAAUACAUUGUUCGCGACAAUGGGGAACGUAUUGAUCUUCGUUUCCACCCGAAAUCCAGUGAUCUUCAUCUACAGUGCGGAUAUAAAGUCGAGCGGCAUCUUCGAGACGACGAUCUGGUCAUUUUCAACCGUCAGCCUACUCUACACAAAAUGAGUAUGAUGGGUCAUCGUGUCAAAGUGUUGCCGUGGUCUACCUUCCGGAUGAACCUGAGUUGUACCUCUCCGUACAACGCCGAUUUCGACGGAGAUGAAAUGAAUCUUCACGUGCCGCAAUCGAUGGAAACUCGUGCUGAGAUCGAGAACAUCCAUAUUACUCCUCGGCAGAUUAUCACCCCGCAGGCUAACAAACCCGUCAUGGGUAUUGUGCAGGACACACUGACAGCGGUUCGAAAAAUGACCAAGCGUGAUGUCUUUUUGGAAAAGGAACAGAUGAUGAAUUUGCUAAUGUUCUUGCCUACGUGGGACGGCAAAAUGCCACAGCCUUGCAUUUUGAAGCCAAAGCCACUUUGGACCGGUAAGCAGAUCUUCACGCUGAUUAUUCCCGGCAACGUCAACAUGAUCCGAACACAUUCAACUCAUCCGGACGAGGAAGACGAUGGUUCGUACAAAUGGAUUUCUCCUGGAGACACAAAAGUUAUGGUAGAACAUGGCGAACUAAUCAUGGGUAUUCUGUGCAAAAAGACACUCGGUACUUCGGCUGGCUCCUUGCUUCAUAUUGUCUUCCUCGAACUGGGACACGAAAUUGCUGGACGCUUUUACGGUAACAUUCAGACCGUCGUCAACAAUUGGCUUUUGCUGGAGGGUCACAGUAUCGGUAUCGGUGACACCAUUGCCGAUCCUCAGACAUAUGCUGAAAUUCAGCGGGCCAUUCGCAAGGCCAAGGAGGAUGUCAUUGGCGUUAUUCAGAAGGCACACAACAUGGAACUGGAACCGACUCCCGGUAACACGCUUAGGCAGACGUUCGAGAAUCAAGUCAACCGUAUUCUGAACGAUGCUCGUGACAAAACUGGUGGUUCGGCUAAGAAGUCGCUUACUGAGUACAACAAUCUUAAGGCUAUGGUGGUGUCCGGUUCGAAGGGGUCCAACAUUAAUAUCUCACAGGUUAUUGCUUGUGUGGGCCAGCAGAACGUUGAAGGUAAGCGAAUUCCAUUCGGUUUCCGCAAGCGCACUCUGCCACACUUUAUCAAAGAUGACUACGGUCCCGAAUCGAGAGGAUUCGUGGAAAAUUCCUAUCUUGCCGGUCUGACACCGACCGAGUUUUACUUUCACGCCAUGGGAGGUCGAGAAGGUUUGAUUGAUACUGCCGUAAAAACCGCCGAAACCGGUUACAUCCAGCGUCGUUUGAUCAAGGCUAUGGAGUCGGUGAUGGUCAACUAUGACGGAACGGUACGUAACUCAGUUGGACAACUGAUUCAGCUGCGUUACGGCGAGGACGGACUGUGUGGAGAAACGGUCGAGUUUCAGAAUAUGCCCACGAUCAAGUUGUCGAACAAGGUGUUUGAGAAACGGUACCGGUUUGACCCAUCGAAUGAGCGGAAUUUGCGAAGGGUCUUCAACGAGGAUGUAAUUAAGGAGUUAACCGAAUCGGCAGAUGUCAUUCAGGAGAUUGAGGCGGAAUACGAUCAAUUGACGCGUGAUCGGGAAGCGUUGCGGCAAAUUUUCCCCAACGGAGAAUCAAAGGUGGUACUGCCGUGUAAUUUGCAGCGUAUGAUUUGGAAUGUGCAGAAGAUUUUCCACAUUAACAAGCGAGCACCAACUGAUCUGUCCCCGCUGAAAGUAAUUCAUGGUGUGCGGGAUCUGCUGCAGAAGUGCGUUAUUGUGGCUGGUACGGAUCGACUGUCGAAGCAGGCAAACGAGAACGCUACACUCCUAUUCCAAUGUUUGGUUCGUUCAACGCUGUGCACGAAGUAUGUGGCCGAAGAGUUCCGCUUGAAUAAUGAAGCAUUCGAGUGGUUGAUAGGAGAAAUCGAAACACGAUUCCAGCAAGCUCAGUGUAACCCGGGCGAGAUGGUGGGUGCCUUGGCCGCUCAGUCUCUUGGUGAACCUGCCACUCAGAUGACACUGAACACUUUCCAUUUUGCUGGUGUGUCCUCGAAGAACGUAACACUGGGUGUACCGAGGUUGAAGGAAAUCAUCAAUAUCUCUAAGCGACCAAAAGCUCCUUCGCUAACGGUUUUCCUCACCGGAGGAGCAGCUCGAGAUGCCGAGAAGGCUAAGAACGUUCUUUGCAGGCUGGAACACACGACACUGAGGAAGGUAACUGCUAAUACAGCUAUUUACUAUGAUCCCGAUCCGCAGAGAACAGUCAUUGCCGAGGAUCAGGAGUUUGUAAAUGUUUACUAUGAAAUGCCGGACUUCGAUCCAACCAGAAUUUCGCCGUGGUUGUUACGUAUUGAACUGGAUCGCAAGCGAAUGACGGAUAAGAAGCUGACGAUGGAACAAAUUGCGGAGAAGAUUAAUGCCGGUUUCGGAGACGAUUUAAAUUGUAUUUUCAAUGACGACAACGCCGACAAGUUGGUGCUUCGAAUUCGUAUCAUGAACCACGAAGAUAACAAGUUCCAGGAAAACGAAGAGGAAAAUAUGGACAAGAUGGAGGACGACAUGUUCCUUAGAUGUAUCGAAGCCAACAUGUUAUCAGACAUGACCCUACAAGGAAUUGAAGCUAUCGGUAAGGUGUACAUGCAUUUGCCACAAACAGAUGCCAAGAGGAGAAUUGUUAUUACACCGGAGGGAGAAUUCAAAGCCAUCGGAGAAUGGCUGCUGGAAACUGACGGUACCUCGAUGAUGAAGGUGCUGAGUGAGCGAGAUGUCGAUCCGGUGAGAACGGCCAGUAACGAUAUCUGCGAGAUCUUCCAAGUAUUGGGCAUUGAAGCUGUGCGAAAAUCGGUUGAAAAAGAAAUGAACAACGUACUACAGUUCUACGGUCUAUACGUAAACUAUCGUCAUUUGGCUUUGCUGUGCGAUGUCAUGACUGCAAAAGGUCACUUGAUGGCCAUUACUCGUCACGGUAUCAACAGACAGGAUACAGGUGCUCUUAUGAGAUGUUCUUUCGAAGAAACGGUCGACGUUUUGAACGACGCAGCGGCUCAUGCUGAAGUCGAUCCUAUGAGAGGUGUAUCGGAGAAUAUCAUUAUGGGUCAGCUGCCCAGGAUGGGAACCGGUUGUUUCGAUUUGCUACUGGAUGCAGAAAAAUGCAAGUUGGGUAUGGAAAUUCCACACACUUCAAUUAUGGGAGCCACAGGAAUGUUCUUUGGUCCUGGAGCGACACCUAGCAUGAGUCCUGCUAUGACUCCUUGGCAACAGUCACAAACACCAGGAUAUGGCGAAUGGUCUCCUUCCGGACCACCAAGUGGAAUGACCCCAGGAGGACCAGCUUUCUCUCCGUCAGCACAAUCUGAUGCCUCCGGCAUGUCACCAUCUUGGUCCCCUAUGCCGGGUUCUCCAAGUUCGCCAGGACCAUCGAUGUCUCCAUAUUUUACGGCGUCAUCGCCAAGUGCAUCCCCAUCCUACUCACCGAGUAGUCCAAAUUACGCCGCUGCUUCCCCAGGUGGAGCUUCUCCGGGAUACUCUCCAACUAGUCCAAGCUAUUCACCGACUAGUCCAAGCUACUCGCCAACAAGUCCACGUUAUUCGCCGACAUCACCAAAUUACAGUCCGGCGUCACCAAACUAUUCGCCAACGUCACCGAGCUACUCCCCAACAUCUCCACUGUACUCACCAACGGGCACCUAUGCUCCGUCGAGCCCGGCCUAUUCCCCAACAUCACCCUCAUACUCACCAACAAGUCCGUACUCGCCUACUUCUCCCAGCUAUUCGCCGACUUCUCCGGCUUACUCCCCAACAAGCCCUUCCUAUUCACCCUCAAGUCCUUCCUAUUCCCCAACAUCGCCCUCUUAUUCCCCAACAUCUCCCAGCUAUUCACCAACAUCCCCCAAUUACACUCCGGCGACCCCAUCCUACUCCCCAACCAGUCCAAACUAUUCACCCAGCUCUCCCCAUUAUUCACCAACCUCUCCAAGUUACUCACCAUCCUCUCCGAAAUAUUCACCAACAUCCCCCAGCUACUCGCCAACGUCUCCAUCGUACAGUGGCAGUCCCCACUACACACCCACCAGCCCGCAGUACUCUCCGAACAGUCCGAAGUACUCUCCAACAUCCCCAAGCUAUUCACCGAGCUCACCGCAACACUCACCUAGUACUGGUAGCAGCAGCAACCUUUUUGUCAGCUCACCGACAUAUUCGCCUUCAACGGCUCGCUACUCGCCCAAUUUGUCCUCCUACUCACCCGGCAGUCAGAAAUAUUCGCCCACCAGUCCGGUGUAUACUCCAACAUCGCCCCACUAUUCACCCUCCAGUCCGGCUUACUCACCGACUGGCCAGGGUUACAGUCCCUCCAGCCCCGCCAGUCCAACCUAUUCUCCGACCAGUCCAUCGUAUGAAGAUAGCCCGGAAGAUUAAUGAUAUAAUCGCACAAAUUCUGCCCAAGGCAGCGACCGUGUUUGGCAGGAUCGCGGAAGCGAUGGAGAAGGCUGACGUUAAGAAAUGCGAUUUGCGGAAACAAGUUUUGUUUUACCUAUUUUUAAGCUAACCAAACGAUAAACUUGAAUAAGUGUUUUCUUGUUGCGGCACUUGCGCAUGAACAAGAUAUAGUGUAACAAAGAAAGAUGUUGAGAGGAAUGCUAACAAUAUUUAUCGUACAGUAAUAAACCCCAUAGCGGUAAUCGGAAACAGAUUUGAAUAAAAAUCAUUUAUAUUUGAACACUUGCGAUUAGUAUGCAUUUAACUAUUAUUCUGUCAAAAAAAAAGAAACAAAACUUCUUUUCUGCAAGCAUUGCUAAUCAAUACGAUUGAAUGAUAUGGUAAGGACUAGCACCUCAGUUGUAGAGUUUACGACUGUAAAUCUAACUGUUUUAAACAUGGAAUUCUGAGUCAAUAAAUGCAUUCUUUAUAGCAAAUCAA